AUGGCCAGCGGUAGGCCGCCAGGAUUCCAACAUGGCCACGCGGAGGAUGAUCUGCUGCAGCUGGAGGAUACAACCCCCAUGUACAGCACGGGUCAACCUCCGCCGGUCAAUGACGAGCAUUUAUUGAGGCGUUUCGAUAUCGACGAUUCCGAUUAUCCGCAAGCGCGUCCGUCCGUGUCAUAUGAUGACUUUGUGGGAGGCGGCCAUCAACACUACCCCCAGCAGGCCCAGCACCAACCACAAACAUCGCAUGUCGGAGCUCAUGCCAAUGUGGUCGUCCCUCCUGCGCAUGUACCCCAGGCCGGGGUGGCUCUGCAUGAUCCCUAUACCGGCGCGGAUAUGUCCCGGACCUAUUCGCAAGCCUCUGGACUGAGCAAUUAUCAUCGCUACUCGCUCGAUGACUACGAAGAUGAACGGUCGUUACAUGGAUACUAUGAUAUGGACCGGGAUGACGACAAUGUCCCGUCGUCGCAACAUGUUCGCAUGGCAAAAGAGCGCAAUAGUAUAUUGGGUCUAGGAGGCGGGUUUAUGGGCAGGGCUAAACACAUGCUGGGAAUGGGCGGGGAGUACUCAGAGAUGGAUCUUCCGCUGACGGAAGCUGGCGCAAGAAAUGCGCGUGUCGAAAGCGCGGAGCCGGACGACACAGCACCAAAGAAAUCGCGGAAACCGGAUUUCAAGUUCGGGUUUGGACGAAGGAAGGUAGACCCGUCGACAUUGGGCCCUCGAAACAUUGUGCUCAAUAAUCCGCCGGCCAAUGCGGUUCACAAGUUUGUCGAUAACCACGUCUCGACGGCGAAGUACAACAUUUUUACCUUUAUUCCGAAAUUCCUCUUCGAGCAGUUCUCCAAAUACGCCAACUUGUUCUUCUUGUUCACGGCCGUUCUUCAGCAGAUUCCCAAUGUCAGUCCGACGAAUCGAUAUACCACCAUUGGUCCGCUGUGCGUUGUGUUGUUAGUUUCGGCAAUUAAGGAAUUAGUGGAAGAUUACAAGCGAAGAGCGUCAGAUAGGUCGCUCAAUUAUUCGAAAACUCAAGUUCUCAAGGGAUCCGCAUUCCACGAAACGAAAUGGGUCGAUGUAUCCGUGGGUGAUAUUGUCCGUGUCGAGUCUGAGAACCCUUUCCCGGCUGAUAUGGUGAUGCUGGCGACAUCUGAGCCGGAAGGUCUUUGCUAUAUUGAAACGGCAAACUUGGAUGGAGAAACCAACUUGAAAGUCAAGCAGGCUAUCCCCGAGACGGCGCAUCUUGUCAACCCCUCCGACCUCAGCCGUCUAAGUGGCCGUAUUCGCUCUGAACAGCCUAACAGCAGUCUCUAUACCUACGAAGCGACACUAACCAUGCACGCUGGUGGAGGCGAGAAGGAGCUUCCCCUAGCACCGGAUCAAUUGCUGCUGCGUGGUGCUACCCUCCGUAACACCCCAUGGGUUCAUGGAAUUGUUGUAUUUACUGGCCACGAAACGAAGCUGAUGCGCAAUGCCACGGCAACUCCGAUCAAGCGAACGGCAGUGGAGCGCAUGGUCAACAUCCAGAUUCUGAUGUUAGUCGGUAUCCUGGUAGCUCUCAGUGUGAUCAGUUCCGUUGGUGACCUGAUCAUCCGUCAAACCCAGUCUGAUAAACUCUCCUAUCUCUACUACAGCGGUACAAACCCGGUCAAGCAGUUUGUUCUCGACAUAUUUACCUACUGGGUUUUGUAUUCGAACUUGGUCCCUAUUUCGCUUUUCGUCACUAUUGAAAUCGUCAAAUAUGCGCAAGCAUUCCUCAUCAACUCCGACCUUGAUAUCUACCACGACAAGACGGACACACCGGCCACAUGUAGAACGUCAUCCCUAGUGGAAGAGCUAGGUCAGAUCGAAUAUAUCUUCUCCGACAAGACAGGUACAUUGACUUGCAACAUGAUGGAGUUCAAACAGUGCUCGAUAGGUGGUAUUCAAUACGGUGACGACAUUGAAGAGGACCGAAGAGCAACCGCGGACGACGACGAAGCGGAUGGCAUUCACGACUUCAAGAAACUACAGCAAAACUUGAAUUUCCACCCGUCAAAAGAUGCUAUUCACCACUUCCUUACCUUGCUGGCUACCUGCCACACCGUCAUUCCCGAGCGGUCAGACGACAAGCCCGGGGAGAUCAAAUACCAGGCGGCGUCCCCAGACGAAGGUGCUUUGGUUGAUGGUGCUGCGCAAUUAGGCUAUCGUUUCACAAAUCGGAGACCUCGCUCUGUGCUAUUUACGGUUGCAGGUGAAGAGUACGAAUAUGAGUUACUUGCCGUUUGUGAAUUCAACUCAGCCCGGAAGCGGAUGUCGACUAUCUUCAGAUGCCCAGAUGGUAAGCUUCGCAUGUACACAAAAGGCGCUGAUACUGUCAUCCUCGAACGCUUGCAUCCGGAUAACCCGAUGGUCGAGACUACCUUGCAGCAUCUGGAAGAGUACGCAUCUGAAGGUCUUCGAACCCUUUGUCUGGCCAUGCGCGAGAUAUCUGAGCAAGAAUUCCAACAGUGGUACCAAAUCCAAGAGAAGGCUGCCACGACUAUCAGCGGAAACCGUGCAGACGAGCUGGACAAGGCCGCGGAAUUGAUCGAAAAGGAUUUGUAUCUCCUCGGUGCCACGGCGAUCGAAGACAAACUGCAAGAUGGGGUCCCGGACACGAUUCACACGCUCCAAACGGCUGGUAUCAAGGUCUGGGUUCUUACUGGUGAUCGACAGGAAACUGCUAUCAACAUUGGCAUGUCUUGCCGUUUGGUUUCCGAGGACAUGACACUACUUAUUGUGAACGAGGAAACGGCGCAAGCUACAAGGGAGAAUAUAUCGAAGAAACUCCAUGCUGUUCAGAGCCAGGGAGCGUCUGGUGAAAUUGAGACUUUGGCGUUGAUUAUCGAUGGUCGAUCUCUAACGUUUGCCCUCGAAAAGGACAUGGAAAAGAUGUUCUUGGAUUUGGCGGUCAUGUGCAAGGCCGUGAUUUGCUGUCGUGUCUCUCCGCUUCAAAAGGCUUUGGUCGUCAAGCUCGUCAAGCGCCAUCUCAAGUCCUUGCUUCUAGCAAUUGGAGACGGUGCUAACGACGUUUCCAUGAUUCAGGCAGCUCAUGUUGGAGUUGGUAUCAGUGGUCUUGAAGGUCUCCAAGCAGCUCGAUCUGCGGAUGUUUCGAUUGCCCAAUUCCGCUUCCUUCGUAAAUUGUUGCUUGUUCAUGGGGCUUGGAGUUACCACCGGAUUAGUCGGGUGAUUCUCUAUUCGUUUUAUAAGAACAUUACGCUCUACAUGACGCAAUUCUGGUACUCGUUCCAAAACGCAUUUUCUGGUGAAGUUAUUUACGAGUCAUGGACACUUUCAUUCUACAACGUCUUUUUCACCGUUCUUCCUCCAUUCGCCAUGGGCAUCUGCGACCAGUACGUGUCAGCUCGGUUAUUAGACCGAUACCCUCAACUGUACCAACUCGGACAAAAGAGUCUAUUCUUCAAAAAGCACAGCUUCUGGUCCUGGAUCGCCAACGGCUUCUAUCACUCCCUGGUCCUCUACAUCUUCUCCCAGUUAAUCUACCUCUGGGACCUCCCAAUGACCGACGGAAAGACAUCCGGGCACUGGGUCUGGGGCUCCGCACUCUACACAGCAGUCCUAGCCACCGUCCUCGGAAAAGCAGCCCUAAUUACCAACACCUGGACAAAAUACACUUUUAUCGCUAUUCCGGGAUCCAUGGUCAUCUGGCUUAUUUUCCUCCCUGCCUACGGUUAUGGCGCUCCGGCUAUCGGCUUCUCCUUUGAAUACUACGGCACUAUUCCUCCUCUUUUCACAUCACCGGUCUUUUAUCUCAUGGCUGUUGUCUUACCUUGUCUGUGUUUGAUCCGUGACUAUGCAUGGAAGUACGCGAAACGCAUGUACUAUCCGCAACACUACCACCACGUACAGGAGAUCCAGAAAUUCAACGUGCAAGACUACCGGCCACGCAUGGAACAAUUCCAAAAGGCCAUUCGCAAGGUCAGACAAGUGCAGCGGAUGCGGAAACAGCGCGGGUACGCGUUCAGUCAGGCAGACGAGGGCGCACAGAUGCGGGUUGUCAACGCCUACGACACGACGAGAGGGAGAGGGAGGUACGGAGAGAUGACCAGUUCGAGGAACUUGGUGUAA